AUGAACCUUAUACCCACAAGACUGGUAGCUUGGCUUCAAGCACGACCCCGUGCAAUUCGUGUUCUAGUGUUCAUCAUCGGGCUCGCUACGUUCUGGUAUUUGUCAACCCAAAAUCUCAUCCCAAAUAGGAAAAUACUGGCCCAGACUUUGUGUGUACUUCUGCUCGGCACACUCCUGGGAACCUUUGUCAAGUUUGGCGUAGAAACAGGAUCUCAAGUACACGCUCUCGAGACGGCCAUUGAUACGCUGAACAAGGAAUUGGCGCGGCUGGCUAGAGAACAUCAUCAGUCGAACAACGAACUCACAACCAAUCAAAAACUGGACAACCUCUCCCAAUCCCUUGCUGAGGCGACUGCAUCUCUUCCGCAGACCGUCAGGACCGCCGUCGUCGAGACGGUCGGUGAGAUGGACCAGAAACUGGACAAUCUCUAUCAGUCUCACACUGAGGCAACCGCGGCUCUUCCGCUGACCGUCCGAUCUGUUGUCGAUGGGGCUCUUGGCGACCUGGUUGGCGAUAUGGAUCGAAGGCUGGACAACCUCUCCCAAUCCUUUACUGAGGCGACCACAUCUCUUCCGCAGACCGUCAAGACUGUCGUCGUCGAGACGGUCGGCGAGAUGGAUCAAAAACUGGACAACCUUUCCCAAUCCCUUGCUGAGGCGACUGCAACUCUUCCGCAGACCGUCAAGACCGCCGUCGUCGAGACGGUCGGUGAGAUGGACCAGAAACUGGACAACCUCUAUCAGUCUCACACUGAGGCGACCGCGGCUCUUCCGCUGACCGUCCGAUCUGCUGUCGAUGAGGCUCUUGGCGACCUGGUUGGCGAUAUGGAUCGAAGGCUGGACAACCUCUCCCAAUCCUUUACUGAGGCGACCACAGCUCUUCCGCAGACCGUCAAGACUGUCGUCGUCGAGACGGUUGGCGAGAUGGAUCAAAAACUGGACAACCUUUCCCAAUCCCUUGCUGAGGCGACCACAGCUCUUCCGCAGACCGUCAAGACUGUCGUCGUCGAGACGGUCGGCGAGAUGGAUCGAAAACUAGACAACCUCUCUCAAUCCCUCACUGGGGCGGCCUCUCUUCCACAGACUGUCCAGUCCCUUGUAGACAAGGCCAUCGCUGACUCGGUCUCUGAUGUCUGGAGCAAGCUGGACGGCUUAUCUCAGUCUCUUGCUGAGGUAACUUCUCUUGCACGAACCCUCGCUGACGAGGUCGUCCCCGCCUCGAUUGCCAAUGUCAUGAGUGAGUUGAGCCGCACUCGACAACUACUCGCACACGUGGAGGAGUCACAGGAAUCCACCUCGACCCUUCACGUUACUUGGACGUCGCCUCCUGUGUGUGGCAACGAUGGCGUAGUCGCAGAGCAAUACAACGAAUACUUCGCUGUCGUUGAGCCGUCCUAUACUCAAACCUACGAUGGGAACGAAAGUGAGGAAGCUAUCCUACAGCAUUCUGAGACUGUCACCCUUGCUAGUGGACAACCCCACACCGCGGAGGCGUCGUCUGAAUCAUACAACAUGUCCGAUCAGCUCCCUGAGCUCCUCACAAGUCUGCGAGCUCUGGUUCAGACGUCUGUGCGCAGUCGACCUCACUACUAUCCGCUCGACGACAACUUAACGGACCCCGGUGCCUCUGGUGCCUCUGGGGCUCGCCGCGCUCACACCGAGCUCAUGCAGCAAGUCACCGAGGUCCAUUAUAAUCCAUUGAGUUCAACAUCAGACCCACUUCCCGAGGCAGACAUGGCUCAUCUCAUCCAAUCAAUCAUCCACCUGCGGGGACAGACUUGUCAUGGACAGCUGGGACCUGUCACAGACAGGAGAAGCUCGGGAAGCUUCCGCAGCAUCUGGUCAACAGACGCAGACAUCCCUCUCCAGACGCUUCUCCUCGGCACGCAAGAACUUGUCCAGCUCCAUUCGCUUGUCCCUCAGCACCCUUCCCCUCAGCCACUCUUCAACACAGAAGCUCAGGGCGCCGGAUGCUAUCCAUCGAAUGAAUUCUUGUGCGCUGUCAUGGACCGCAUCAACGAACUCUCCAUGCAUCUGCAGAAGCUAGUGCAGAUGGGAGGGCGAUUCAAUGAACUAGCACCUGUUCAGGCUGAACUGGUUGUUGCGCAACACUUGGCAGUCGUUGGCCAUGGCGUCAUGAUUGACUUUCUUCAGACCCUACCAGGAGAUGCAGGCAGUUUUGCCCUGCUUUGCGCGUACUUCACAGAGCGUACGGCGACGCUUGUGACGGCCAUGCACCAAGUCGAACAAGUCAAGGACGAGUCGCCUCAAGGCUCGUCGGCAUUCAUCGGUCUACGACAGCAAAUCAUAGAGCAUGUACAGCUAGUGCAUGCUCUGUACACGAGUGUGUUCUGUUCGAAGAGUCAUGCACACACCCGUACAGCCUGGAUAGACCUUGCUGUCAUCGCCGAUGACCUCCAAGGCGCGUGGGGAGGCCAUAUGGACCUUUCGCGCUCAACCGACUUUCUCUCGGACACUCUCCACGAACGUGAUCGGGCGGGCAAGGUCGCCAAACGGCUGUGGAGGAACUACGACGACAAUUCUACACCUGGUGCAUGGAUUGUUGCGAAGGUAGUCCAUCUUUUCUUGAAUUUGUUGUAUAGCACGCACGUCGGUGAGCUGCCCCAGUAG